AUGAUUACUUUACGGAAGCAGCCUCCCCGGUGGACGGCUGUGUUUUUGGUGUUGGCGCUGUUGGCUUGCCUGUUCGUGCCAGCUGUAUCGGUCAAGCACGAGAACUUCAAAACAUGCAGUCAAUCAGGCUUCUGCAAGCGCAACCGCCAGUUCGCCGAUGACGUCUCCGCUUCGAGCUCCUGGACCUCGCCCUACGUUCUCGACCCUGCCUCGAUCACGUUCAAAGAUGGCCAAUUAGAUGCCGUCGUGCUCAAGACACUGAAGGAAGGCGAAGAGAAAGCUCGCUUGCCGCUUACCGUUACAUUCCUCGAAUCGGGCGUGGCACGCGUUACUCUUGACGAAGAGAAGAGGGCCAAGGGCGACAUCCAACUGCGACACGACAGUCAAGCGCGGAAGGAGCGAUACAACGAGGCGGCGCAAUGGACUCUCGUUGGAGGGCUAGACCCGUCCAAGGGCGCUGCUUUCAACCCCGAGACGGAAGAUGGCUACACCAAGGUUGUCUACGGCAAGGGCAGCAAGCACCAAGCCGUCAUCCGCCAUGCGCCCUUCGGCAUCGAGUUCCAACGCGAUGGCGAGACGCAAGUCAAGUUCAAUGAGCGCGGCUACAUGAACGUCGAACAUUGGCGACCCAAGGUCGAGAAGCCCCAAGAGGAGAAGAAGGAGGGCGAGGAGGAAGUCAAGGAGGAAGAGAAGAAGGCUGAAAUUCUAGAGGACGAAAGCACGUGGUGGGACGAGAGCUUUGGUGGCAACACAGACAGCAAGCCGAGAGGCCCUGAGGCUGUUGCGCUAGACAUCACGUUCCCUGGAUACGCGCACGUCUUUGGUAUCCCAGAGCACGCGACAAGGCUAUCUCUCAAGACCACCAGGGGCGGCGACAAUGCCUACACCGAGCCAUACCGACUGUACAACGCCGACGUCUUCGAGUACGAGAUGGACAGCCCCAUGACCCUCUACGGCGCCAUUCCAUUCAUGCAAGCCCAUCGCAAGGGUUCCACCGUCGGUGUCUUUUGGCUCAACGGUGCCGAGACCUGGAUCGACGUGACAAAGAAGAGGAACACUGCGAACCCGCUCGCUCUUGGUGUUGAAGGUCAUACCGAUACUGAGACGCAUUGGAUGUCUGAGAGUGGUCUGCUGGACGUCUUUGUCUUCCUCGGACCGACUCCUCAAGACCUCACUCGCCAGUAUGGUGAGCUGACUGGUUACACGGCUAUGCCCCAGUCCUUCGCUAUCGCCUACCACCAGUGUCGAUGGAACUACGUCACCGAUGAGGAUGUCAAGGACGUCGACCGCAGGUUCGACAAGUUCAACAUCCCGUACGACGUUAUCUGGCUUGACAUUGAAUACACACAGGAAAAAAAGUACUUCACCUGGGAUCCUCUGACCUUCGCCAAUCCCGAAGGCAUGCAGCAGCAGCUCGACAAGCGUGACAGGAAGCUUGUUGCGAUCAUCGACCCUCAUAUCAAGAAUACGAACGAUUACCCGAUAAUCGACGAGCUGAGGAAGAAGGACCUCGCUGUCAAGAACAAGGAAGGUAAGCAGUACGAGGGUUGGUGCUGGCCUGGCUCAUCCAUGUGGAUCGACUGCUUCAACCCGGCUGCCAUCGACUGGUGGAAGGGCUUGUUCAACUAUGACAAGUUCAAGGGCACUGCCCAUAACACCUUUAUUUGGAACGACAUGAACGAGCCCUCGGUGUUCAACGGCCCGGAGACAACCAUGCCCAAGGACAACUUGCAUCACGGUAACUGGGAGCAUCGCGAUGUUCACAACAUCAACGGUAUGACUUUCCACAACGCGACAUACCAAGCCAUCACGGAGCGCAAGAAGGGCGAGGUUCGCCGUCCCUUCGUGCUAACCCGAGCUUUCUACUCUGGUAGUCAGCGUACUGCUGCCAUGUGGACUGGCGAUAACCAGGCUGAGUGGAGUCAUCUUGAGGCUUCCAUCCCCAUGGUCCUCAACCAGGGUAUCUCCGGCUUCCCCUUCGGUGGUGCAGAUGUUGGAGGUUUCUUCGGUAACCCAAGCAAAGAACUCUUGACUCGCUGGUACCAGGCUGGUAUCUACUACCCAUUCUUCCGUGGCCACGCUCAUAUCGACACUCGUCGUCGUGAGCCAUACGUCGCUGGCUCUCCAUACACGGAGAUCAUUACUCAGGCCCUUCGUCUUCGUUACCAGCUUCUGCCUGCCUGGUACACUGCUUUCCAUGAGGCUCACACAACUGGUGCGCCUAUCAUCCGACCCAACUUUUGGGUCCACCCUGCCGACGAGCGUGGUUUCGAAGUCGACGACCAACUCUAUAUUGGUUCCACUGGUCUUCUCGCCAAGCCAGUCACAAAGGAGGGUGCUGACAGUGUGUCUAUCUACAUCGCGGACGAUCAGCCCUAUUACGACUACUUUGACUUCACCACCUACAGCGGCGCUGGUCACCACACUGUACCAGCUCCUCUCGAGAAAAUUCCUCUUCUCAUGCAGGGCGGCCAUGUCAUUCCACGCCGCGACCGUCCUCGUCGUUCCUCUGGCCUCAUGAAGUACGACCCCUUCACUCUAGUCAUCGCUCUCGACAAAGACGGAAACGCUGCCGGCACCCUGUACGUUGACGACGGCGAGACCUUCGACUACGAAAUGGGUGCCUUCAUCCACCGCCGCUUCUCCUUCGACGGCACCCGCCAGAUUUUCACUUCGUCCAACCUCGACUCCAACAAACGUACUGUCAAGUGCGAGAAGUAUCUCAAGACGAUGGAGAAGGUGCGCGUCGAGAAGAUCAUUAUUGUCGGCGCACCCAAGGCUUGGAAGGACAAGUCUGAGGUCGUCGUCAUGCAGGAGGGUGAGAAGGAGACGCAGAGGAAGAAGCCCGUGCCGCUUGAGUUCCAUGCUGCUGAGGGUAAGAAGGCUGCGUAUGCGGUAGUCAGGGACCCGCGGGUGUUUAUUACCAGAGGGUGGAAGAUCGAUUUCGCGGAGAAGGGUGCCGGGCACGAGCAUCAUGGCCAUGAACAUUGA